AUGACAACCAGCAACGUAUUCAAGACCCUAAACUGGGCAAAUAUGGUAGAGGAUGAGAUGGAUUUGGACACUGACACUUUUGUUAGCACAAUGCCAGGGGUCAGCAACAUCCUCAUCCAUGGGCAAGAUCAAAACAGCGAGCAGCCCUCUCAGUUAGCAGCUCAAACCCCUAACCACAUAGAAGAAGGGGGGCACCAGGCUGACCACAACAGCCAACAGAACAAAAGUAACAGCCACCACAUGUGUAACCAAAAGGAAGAGGGAAGUCAAAAGUGUAAUCCCCACCAGACCCAAUACCGAAGGGUAGAGAGGGGACACCAGGCAAACCACAACUCCUACUAUACACCCCACACAGGAAAACAGGGAGGCUACCAGGGUAACUCCCACCAUCAGACCUCCUACCAAAGACAACAAGGAGGCCACCAGGAAUACAACCACCAGGCAACUUACAGAAGACAGCAGGGUGGGUACCAGGAAUACAACCACCAGGCACCUCACCAAAGACAGCAGGGUGGGUACCAGGAAUACCACCACCAGGCACCUCACCAAAGACAGCAGGGUGGGUACCAGGAAUACCACCACCAGGCACCUCACCAAAGACAGCAGGGUGGGUACCAGGAAUACCACCACCAAGUACCUCACCAAAGACAGCAGGGCAGGUACCAAGAAUACCACCACCAGGCACCUCGCCAAAGACAGCAGGGGGGCCAGCAAGGUUACCACAGCAAUGAUCAGGGUUCACACACUCCGAAUCCUCAAAGAGGCCCCCCACAAUGGAUGGUGGAGAAUUCUUUCAGACUUUGCAUACAGGAACAUAAGCUCCUCCUGCAAAAAGAAACACAGAUGAGACAAUUAGAUAAACAGCAGUAUGAGGCCAAACUAUCUGACUGUGAAAAAGAGAAUGAGCAGCUCAAGAAACAACUCGAACUCCUGAAUCCAUCUGACAUAAAAGCAGUGAAAGUCUUACAGAACCAGCUGAAGACACAGGAGGAAGCCAAACAAGCAAUGCAGAUGGAGAUGGAAGAGCUCAAAAAGAAGCUGGAGCUAGAGAGAAAGAAAGAGAUCCCAGCACCAGAGAACAAUCCUGCAGAAGUCCAAGAGUACCAAGAUCUUGUCCUAUCUCUGAACAAUCAGCUACAGGCUGAAAAACUGAGGGCUGAUGGCCUCUUCAGAGAACUGCAGGAUGUUAGGCAUACAUUUCAAUUGACAAUCAGCCAGGAUGUGAAGCAGGUUGAAGAUUUGGAGGCUGAGAAACAUGCUCUGGAGCAGAUGGUGACAGACCUGCAAAAGGAGGUCUCAAAAAAAGCAUCAGUGGAACUGAAUAACACAAAGAAGAUUCAAGGCCUCCAAAAUCUUGUUGCAUCCACUGAAUACAAGCUCCUAGCUGAGAAUGAUAGAGCAAACCAACUUCAGGGUAAAGUGAAGGAACUCCGGCUUCAACUUCUUGAAAAAAUUGACAGAGAUGUGAAGUUGGUGGAGGAACUGAUCAAAGAAAAGGCUUUCUUGGAGCAGAGGGUGAUGGACCUGGAGAGAGAGGCUAGCAGCAGAGACUUAAGAGAAAAAGAGCAGCUGAAGAACAUUCUGAACCAGCUGCACGAAAAAAACAGUGACUGUCUCGAGCUGGCCUCCAAGUCAAACAAUCAAGAGAAGGUCAGUCAAGCUCUGCAGAGGAAGGUGGAGGAGCUGCAUCAAGAGAUAAAUGACCUCAUGCAGGACAAUAAGGCAGAACCUCCUGUUGAAGAGGACCUGAAACAGGCUGAAGACUCCCUGAUAGACACUGAGGUAGAUACACCAAACAGAGUCCCAGAGAGUUCUGAGGUAAUCCAGAUGGCAUCUGAAACCAGUCAGGUAACAUCUGCGGCGCAGAUCUCUAUGUGGAGAGGUUUUAAAAAGUUUGUCACUCCUAGAAGCCGCCGCCAAUAUAAACAUCUGAGACAGCAGUCAGAGGUAUAG